AUGGCCCAGCUUUCGCAGAACCACGCCAUGGACGCCGCAUUCGCCGCCUCGGCCAACGGCUUCGCCGCUGUCACCUCAAUGGCACCUGUUGCGUUCCACCGCCAUCUGACGUCAAGAACCCUCUUCAUCUGCCCUUCCUGUCCCCGCAAUCUCUUCUCCUUUCCAUCUGCCUCCCGCUGCCAACAAACACUUGUCUGUCUUUCUCUUGUGUUGUUCACCGGCGAUAUGAUGGUCCCUCAGCAAUCGCACUCUUCUUGGGCCAGCACGCUAACUGCGUGUGGUGACUUCUUUCCCCACGAACUGGCCACCGCCGCAGCCUUUCCCAAUCCGCCAUCCCGACCCCAUGUGGAUGACGGCACGGCUGAGAGUGCGGCGGAAGGACCAGUUCAGUGUGAGGAGAGAAACAGCCCGCACUCUUUCACAGAAGACGACCCAUCGGCCAAAGGGCCCUUAUCCAACUUUCCUUUCUUCAAAGGCUAUGGCGGCGACAAAAAGACAAGAGGUCAGUCCCACAAGCCUCCAGCUUCCUCUUGCCCCGUUGACGCCGAUGCAGAUGGGCAACCGCCCAAGAGGCGUGGUCCAAAGCCCGACAGCAAGCCCGCCUUGACCCGCAGACAAGAGCUCAAUCGCCAAGCCCAGCGGACACAUCGUGAGCGGAAAGAGAUGUACAUCAAGGCCCUUGAACAAGAAGUCCUACGCCUCAAAGAUGUUUUCGGUAACACAGCUCGCGAGCGUGACGCCAUUGCAGAGGAGAACCGUCGCUUGAAAGAGCUUCUCGCCGCUCACGGAAUCCCCUUCGACUCCAACAGCCCCGCCAGUGUCUUCCAGCAGAUGGCAGGCUCCAGCUACGGAGGAAGUUCGCGUGGUAGUGUCUCUGGGAGCUACCAUGCAGGUACCGCCUCGACAGGUUACACAUCGCCGCCGCCGUCGAUGCCCGCACGCACUGCUCCCGGCUUGCCCAUGCAGGGAAUCCCACCUCAACAUAACCAACUGCAACCGGCUCAGACCGGCAUGGACUAUGACCAGAUAGGCAUAGACUUUGUCCUAACUCUCGAGAAGCCGUGCAUGGAGCACAUGCAGUUCCUUCUGGUACGGGCCGAGGACAACGAGGCGGACGUGUCGGGCCACGCCCUCAUGCAGACGUGCCCUCCGCACUCACACAUCGCUCAAAAUCCCGAGGAGAAGUACCCGCACAAGAUGCUCGACGUCUCGCAGCCGGACCUCAUGAAGCUGCUCGAUCUAUCGCACCGCCUGCCCACCAUGGAAGGCGAAAUCACCCCCGUCAUGGCUUGGGUGUCCAUCAUCCAGGAUCCGCGCUUCCCAGAGCUGGUCAAGGAGGACAUCGAGGCGGUGAAGAACGACCUUUUGGCGAAAGUGCGAUGCUAUGGUUUCGGUGCCGUUAUCGAGGAAUUCGAAAUCCGCGACGCACUCAACAGCGUGCUGGCCGCUAAAGGUCAAAUCGGCGCUGCUGGUCCGGCGCUCGAGUAG